UACUUCAUCGGCUGGCAAACUUUCAGCGAGUGUGGAGUUUGCCUCCAAACGAAAACACAGGAAAAGAAGUGACUGCUCUUGCUUGGAGACCAGAUGGCAAAAUUUUGGCUUUUGGCCUUACCGAUACCAAGCGGAUUAUUCUGUGUGAUGUAGAAAAACCUGAAAGCUUGCACUCCUUCUCUGUUGACUCAUCUAUUACUUACAUGCAUUGGAUGGAAGUAACUGAGGAAAGCAGUGUUCUCACUUCCUUUUACAAUGCUGAGGAUGAAUCAAAUCUCCUUUUGCCUAAAUUGCCAGCGCUACCCAAAAAUUACAGUACCAGUGCAAAAAUUUUCAGUGAAGAAAAGUCAGAUGAGAUUAUGAAGCUUCUGGGUGAUGUAAGGCUUAAUGCUCUUGUCCUUGGUGGCAGCUCAGGGUUUAUUGAGAUUUAUGCUUAUGGAAUGUUCAAGAUUGCUACAGUAACUGGGGUGGCAGGUUCUUGUCGUGGACUGUGUUUGUCUAGUGAUUUGAAGUCACUAUCGGUUAUUACAGAGAUGCGAGACUCUUCAGACAGCGAAGCAGAGAUAAUGUAUUUUCAGCUGGAUACUAGUCUGUUAUCAAGUUACUUACCUGAGGUAACUCGAAUGGCCCGGAAGUUUACUCACAUUUCAACUCUCUUACAGUAUAUAAAGCUGUCAUUGACGUGCAUGUGUGAAGCGUGGGAAGAGAUACUGAUGCAGAUGGACUCACGGCUAACCAAGUUUGUACAGGAAAAGAAUACAACCACUUCCGUUCAGGAUGAGUUUAUGCAGCUGUUGUUGUGGGGCAAAGCAAGUCUGGAACUUCAGGCGUUACUAAUGAACCAACUGACGGUGAAGGGUUUAAAAAAACUUGGUCAGUCCAUAGAGUCUUCCUAUUCCAGUAUACAAAAGCUGGUCAUCAGUCAUUUGCAGAGUGGCUCCGAGGCACUGUUAUAUCACUUGAGUGAAUUGAAAGGAAUGGCUUUAUGGAAACAAAAAUAUGAGUCUCUGGGAUUAGAUGCAUCUGGAAUUGAAGAGGCUAUUAUUGCUGUUGGUUCUUUCAUCCUGAAAGCAAAUGAGCUGCUUCAAGUUAUUGACAGUAGUAUGAAAAACUUCAAAGCAUUUUUUCGAUGGCUGUAUGUUGCCAUGUUGAGGAUGUCAGAAGAUCAUGUGCUUCCAGAGUUGAACAAGAUGACUCAAAAAGAUAUCACUUUUGUCGCUGAUUUUCUUACUGAACACUUCAAUGAGGCACCAGAACUUUACAAUCGCAAAGGAAAAUACUUCAAUGUGGAGAGAGUUGGCCAGUACUUGAAAGAUGAAGACGAUGACCUUGUGUCACCACCUAAUACAGAGGGAAAUCAGUGGUUUAACUUUCUUAAAAACAGUACUCAUCUGAAAGAAAGCCCACUUUUGUUUCCCUACUACCCUGAGAAAUCACUGCAUUUUGUCAAAAGGCAAAUGGAAGGGGUCAUCGAUCAGUGUUUACAAAAGCCAGCGGAUGUAAUUGGAAAGUCAGUGCAUCAAGCAGUCUGCAUGUCACUCUACAAAACCUCUCAAAGUGAUGGUUCCACGCCUCAGUUAUUUAAACUACCAUUUCUGUGGAAUGACAAAACAUCCAAUAUACAUUAUGUUCUCUUCACCAUAUUAGAAAAUUCUAUUUCUAAAAUAUGCAUUUUGAGGAGACAUACUGAUACUUCCAGGUCUGUCAGUAAUGGAAUCCUUGCAGUAGAUUUUGGAAACUUCUUGAACAACACUAUAAAUGAGAUCUCAGACUCCAGAUGCUACAGUUGUUUAGAUGCACACUUCUAUGAUGAUGAAACUGUAACUGUAAUUCUGAAGGAGAGCAUGGAACAAGAGGGGAAGGAGAGAAUCUUAGCUCAGCUGCCUUUACCUUCAGUAUAUACAGAUGAGGACCAAGACAAGGAAUUCAUCUGGGAUUCUACUAAAAGGCUGGAUGAGCAAAGUGGUGAGAUACCUACGCGUACUGUCUUCUUGGAGAAUCAGUGGAGAGUGCUGGAGAACAUGAAAGCUCAGUAUGUUUCUGUAAAUGGCAUUAGAAAAGUUUCCUGUGUGCUAAAUUCAAAUCUCCGUCAUGUGAGGGUGUUCGAGAUGGAUGUAGAGGAUGAUGGGGAAGUUGAGGAAGAAGAGGAAGAAGAAGCAACUCAGAUUGCAGCUGGGGAAUCUGAUGAGCUAAAUCGGUCUGCAGAUAACCAGGACAAUGUGUGUGAUGCCUCUGCUGAGGAACUACCUGAUGAAACUGAAGAACAUGAAUCAAGUCUGGAUCCUUGA